CUGCGGAAAUCGCCUUGGAUCAGUCGUCUGCUAGCCCCUUCCUCGAGCGCAAUGUUUUCGCGUGCCGCCUACCUUACUGCUCUCCUAACGCUGAUCUGUGCCAGCCAUGCGUCUGCGGGAUUGAGCAUUACAGUUCCGGGCACAAAGUGGUGCGGACCCGGGAACAUAGCAGCCAACUACGAUGACCUGGGCACUGACCGAGAGGUGGACAUGUGCUGCCGGGCGCACGACAACUGUGAGGAGAAGAUUCCGCCGCUGGAGGAAGCCUUUGGCCUGAGAAACGACGGGAUUUUCCCCAUAUUCUCGUGUGCCUGCGAGUCGGCCUUCCGGAGCUGCCUUACCGCUCUGCGAAACGGACACUCCCUGGCCCUUGGCAAAAUCUACUUCAACACCAAGGAGAUGUGCUUUGGCUACGGACAUCCCAUCGUUUCCUGCCAAGAGAAGCAGGCCGACCUGUUCGAGACUCGGUGUCUCAGCUACCGAGUGGACGAAGGUCAGCCGCAGCUCUGGCAGUUCUACGACUUGGCCCUCUACACACACGUAAGCGCCAGCGAGAAGGACUCCCGAGAUUGAACUUCGACGUCCGGCGAUAAGCCCUCAAUUGUUUACAAAACAGAUUGUGCGGGGAGCGAAACCUAAUGUGAUUAGAAUUCUGACGGUAGGUUAUUUGUGUAAUCAAUUCUCGAAGCUAUUUAGCCUGGAAUUAUAGUAAAAAUUGAAUUCGGCAAAGGAGUGAUAACGCCAAAUAUAAA